AUGCCAAAAAGUUUGGGGGAAUAUAAAUGGGAAGUUGGAACUUAUUUCACUAACAAAAAGGAAUUCACUGAUGCAAUUAGGACAUAUGUUCUGAGUAAUGGCAGAAAUCUAAAAUUGAUUAAGAAUGACAAGAAGAGGGUAACUGUAAAAUGUUUGGGGGCCAAUGGUAAAUGUAAUUGGUAUGCUUAUUGUGCGUAUAUGUGUCUUGACAAGUCCUGGCAGUUAAGAAAAGUUAUUGAUGAUCACACGUGUAGUAGAGAUUUCAAUGUGAAGUUGAUAACUACCAAAUGGUUGAGUGAAAAGAUGGAAAAAACUAUCAGAGAGAACCCUAAUAUGAAAGUGAUGGACAUUAGGGAGAAACUGAGUAGGAAAUGGAAUGUAUCAAUCUCAAAAAACAUGGCCUUUAGGGCAAGAACCAUGGCAAAAUAUAGUGUUGAGGGGUCAUUUAAAGAACAAUUCAGAAGGCUCCAUGAUUAUGGUCAUGAGGUGCUGCAAAGGAAUCCAGCCCAUCAUAAGGACUCUUGGACUUGGUUCUUGGAACUUCUCAUUGAGGACCUUGGAGGGGUCGAUGUAGCUUCGUCAUGCACAUUCAUUUCUGACCAGCAAAAGGGUCUUUUGCAUGCUCUUCAAGAUCUUCUACAUAAUGUAGAACAAAGAUAUUGUGUUAGACAUUUGUAUUCUAACUUCAGAAAGCAAUAUCCUGGGAAGGACCUUAAACAGCUCAUGUGGAGUGCUACAACAGCCACAUAUCCUCAAGUACUCAACAGAUUUCAAAAGAAGUCAUGGCUAACAAGAUAUUGGUUACCAAGGUGGUCAUCAGACCAAUUAUUUGAAGUGAUUCACAUUUCACAAUUUGGGGAGCAAUUUGUUGUCAACCUUGACAACAAAGACUGCAGUUGUAGAGGAUGGUUAAUCAGUGGCAUUCCUUGCACUCAUGCCAUCACUGCAAUGAAGUUCUUGAACUUAAAUGCAGAAGAACAUAUUGCCCAUUGGUUUACCAAGUCUGCUUAUGAAGAGACUUAUAACAGCAUCAUAUAUCCUAUCAACGGGCAACAUGUGUGGGAGAUUACACCUUAUCCUGAUAUACUACCUCCAAAGAAAAGGGAGAUGCCAGGACGUCCCAAGAAAAAAAGAAGACUACAACCUUGGGAGUUGAAGAAGAAUGACUCCGAAUUAAGAAAGAGUGGGAGAAAAAAGACUUGUGAUGUCUGCAAAGAAUUGGGACACGACAAAAAGACUUGUCCACAACGACAUAUGCCUUCAUCACAUGUCCUUGUUGACCAACCAACUCAGGAAUCUACUGUCACACAUGUCCCUGCUGACCAACCAACUUAG